UUUGUGUCUUCGGAUUGCCGAGCCUGACCCACAACCCGGCAGUCAAGCACUUAUAGGCAAUGCAUACUUUGCGCUCUCGAAGCUUAUGUCGUCCUCGGACUCCACGGAUUGCCAUGGUCGCGCCACUAUAUGCGUGCAACAGGCGUGUGACAAAGAUAGUAGUUGUGUGGAUCGAUGGGUACAUCUCAUACAAUUACUGACGUCCGGCCCAG